AUGCGCGGGGCGCGGAGCGCUCCUCGCGGAGCCCUUUGUUAUGCUAAUCCGGGCUGACAUCACGCCGCAUAUCAAAGCCGAGGGGGCAGCAUAUAAGGCGGCUCCGCGGGCCGCCCCGUCAGAGCAGCCCCGGCCCCUGCGCAGCCCCGCCGCGCCCGCGCAGCCCGGGCCGAGGUUGUUCAUCUCCAAGGAGGAGCAACACCCAAACUGAAGGGAAAUACACUGUGCAGAAAAUUAGGAAAACUUUUUUUUUUUCCUUUUUUUUUUUUUUUUUUUUACUUUGGAGAAGCUGAUUUCCUUCGGCAAGUGGGGAACGGUGGAGAAAAUGAAGCCAAGUCCGCGAUUUUUCUUAGCUGGUUUUCUGUCUUUGAUUCUGCAGACGGGGCUUUGCUAUGGGAUAAAAUGGAUAGCUCUGUCUAAGACUCCUUCGGCUUUGGCCCUGAAUCAAACCCAGCACUGCAAGCAGCUCGAAGGCUUGGUGGUUUCCCAGGUGCAGCUGUGCCGCAGCAACCUGGAGCUAAUGCAGACCAUCAUCCAGGCAGCACGAGAAGUGAUAAAGACUUGCCGUAAAACUUUCUCAGACAUGCGAUGGAACUGCUCUUCCAUUGAGCUGGCUCCUAACUACCUGCUGGACUUAGAGAGAGGCACAAGGGAGUCAGCAUUUGUGUAUGCCCUUUCUGCUGCUGCCAUCAGCCACACCAUUGCCAGAGCCUGCACCACCGGGGACCUCCCUGGCUGUUCCUGUGGUCCCAUCCCAGGUGAGACACCUGGACCUGGGUAUCGAUGGGGAGGAUGUGCAGACAACCUCAACUAUGGUCUUAUCAUGGGGUCCAAAUUUUCAGAUGCUCCCAUGAAGAUGAAAAAAUCAGGAUCACAAGCCAAUAAACUGAUGCAUCUGCACAACAGUGAAGUAGGGAGACAGGUCUUGAAAGCCUCUCUUGAAAUGAAAUGUAAGUGCCAUGGAGUUUCUGGGUCAUGCUCUAUCAAGACCUGUUGGAAAGGCCUUCAAGAGCUGCGAGACAUUGCAUUGGACCUCAAAAACAAGUAUUUAUCAGCCACCAAGGUUGUUCACCGGCCCAUGGGCACACGCAAAUACCUCGUGCCAAAGGAUAUUGAUAUCAGGCCGGUUAAAGAGACGGAGCUGAUUUACCUGCAGAGCUCGCCCGAUUUCUGCAUGAAGAAUGAAAAAGUGGGGUCACACGGGACCCAGGACAGGCAAUGUAACAAGACCUCCAAUGGGAGCGACAGCUGCGACUUGAUGUGCUGCGGCAGAGGCUACAACCCUUACAUGGACAAAGUGGUGGAGCGAUGCCACUGCAAGUACCACUGGUGCUGCUACGUAACCUGUAAAAAGUGCGAGAGGACUGUCGAGAGAUAUGUGUGCAAAUGAAAACCCUCCCCUCUCCACCCGGGAGCUGAGACGCCAGCGGCACCCCAGCACUAUUCAGAGAAGAGAAAACAUUUCCCUGACUAGACAUCGUUUAUCUUGUAAAGACACAGACUCGAAGAAAGAUGGUAGGAGGGAAAAAAAAAAAAAAAAACAAAACAAAAAACCAAAACAUCACGCCAGUAAAAAUAAGACCCUUAAAAAAACCCCCAAACAAACCCACAAAUGUUUCCCCUCUCCAAUAAAAUGCUCUCUGAGAAGACAAAAAAGUCAUUUGGGAUGGUAUCUUCUUCCAAAAUAUUCCCUAUGGUUGCCAAUGACGUCCGGCCAUCAAGUGCCUGAGUAUUUUGAGAAACAAAAGUAGAAAUUUUCCCCGGGGAAGAAAAUCAACUCUUGUUUGAAAAUAACUAAGGCUCACACCUGCCUAUGCCUUCUAGCACAGGUACUGAGUCUGCAUUAGGACCAUCCCAGAAGGGAAAACACUACAACUUUUCAUCAGUAACUGCCUUUGUUGCCAAAGACUUAAUUUUUAGCAGGGACGCAUCCUCUGGAUGAUAAAGGUGGAAAGAUUUCUGGUCAAUCCCCUGAAAUGAACAACUCGUUUUGACUUUUCUUUUACACAGGUCUGCGAUUUUGAAGUUACUGCUUCAGGAAAAGCUGUCCUUGAUUUAUCCAGGCUGGAUGGGGUUUCACAUUCAGCCAUGCAAAAAUAAAACAACCCAACAACCAAACCCUGGGAUUCCAGAGGCAGUGAGAGUAGGGUACCCUGAGAAGGACUUUAUGGGGUCCACGAGACUGUAGUGCAGUCAUUAGAUUAAAAUAACAAAGUGAACUCAAAAUGCAGUGGGAAAGUAAAAAAAAAAAAAGAAAUCCAGCUCCUGCUCUCUUUCUCUCUUGCCCUUUGGGUGUGAUGCCCUUUGGCACCGAAGUUCUGCCACAUUGGGCCAUCAAGUCCUUAGGGAAAUAUGCCGCUGACUCUUUUGCCCCAGCAAAACUAUUGAACCAGCCCCAAGAAACUGCAGAGAGCAGAGCGGGUCUGGUCCUGGCUGUAGGGAAAGCAGUCGUGCAGGGCAGCAGCUAUUCCCAGCAAAAGGGAAUGGGAACGUGCCAGUCCUGCACGUGGCCCUGCCCUGACACAGCAGAGAACCACUAUCUGUGGCUGUACAUAUUUUUUUUUUAUUAUUUUUUUUUUUUUAUGCGGACAUACAGAAAUAUUUAUAAGAUAUAUCUCGCGCUUUUGUCUACUCUCUACUUUCUACGUAAAUAUAUCUAUAUAUUAUAAACGAGCAUUAACAAUAGUAUGAAAUAAAUGCUGAAGUUACUGGUGCAACAGCAAAAUGUUAGAUUUUUAUGUUUCACUCUCCUACUUGGAAAGCAACCCCGAUUUUCCUCCCAAGGACAGGAGAAGAGCAUGGCUCGAGGCACUCACUGGCGUGGGAUAGAUAAGUUCUUUUAUUCCCUGUCUCCCCAGCCUCUUCAUUUUGAGCAGAAUUAGCCAAGAUACAGUCAAGACAAUGAAACAGAGCACUUGGAGAAAGGAAGAGUCACUGUUCUUGUUUUGCUUUUUAUAUCAGUGAUCACUCUCAUCCGUAAAAUAUCCCAGUGCCCCCGAGGAACUUAAUAACAAA